UGUGAUUGUUAUGAUUGUGAAUAUAAUUAAUUGAAGUGAAUAUACAAUGGAUUCGUCGGACAUCUCAUCUGAUCUCUCAUCUCAACAGCAAUUAGUGAAUCAAUUGCGGGAAAGACUCCAACAAAAUGAGUCCCAAUUGAAGGGUCGAGAGUCAGAGUUCACUGAAUUGCAGUCAAAAUUUAAUAAAUUGAAAUUUUUACACAAAUCCAAGACAUCGAUCACAUCUAUGACCGCUUCUAUGGCCGACUCCACGACACCCACACGUAGUCCUCAAAGCGAUGAUAAGACACCGCCGAUUGACACCACUAGUGCCGCGUCAAUGACCGCCUCAAUGACCGCUUCAAUGAGUCCAUUGGCCACCGAUUCGGCCAAUAGGGGGAAGUUUUUGUUGCUUAAGAAACAGCUGGAAGAGAGUCGGUCUCUGAACCAAAAACAGGAGUCCGAGAAUCAGCUGAUGAGACGUGAGUUACAAGAGCUGAAAGAGCGGCAAAUCAAAUACGAGGCCGAAAGGGACGACAACGAUGUGGAAGUGAUUACAUCGACCGACACUAUAGACAACGAGAGCGAAAUGUUUGCCCAAAUUGUCUACAAAGACACUAAGAUUAUGGAAAUGAAUCAAAAGAUGUUUGAACUCGAGGCUAGGAUUAUGGAUCUCCAGGAGAACUUGAAAGAGCAGAAUGAAGUACUUCAGGCACGGAAUCGGGCCAUAAAAGUGCUGUUAGCACAACAACAACAGACGUCGGGUCCGCUCAACACCACCUUUGAUGAUGUGAUACAACGAGAAGAGGAGAGGGAAAGGAUUGAGAGAUUGAAGGAAAGGGUUUGCGAACUGGAGAUGGAAAAGGGAAGCCUUCAGCUGAGGCUCAUGGAAGUGGAGGGCACUAAUGGCUCAAAGCCUCCCCUCAUAGACAUUGAAUUAGAGAGGGAUUCGUUGCGCGCAGAGAGAGAUGACAUGAAAAUACGUUGCGAUGAAUUGAUGGCUAAAUUUGAUUCAUUAGAGUUGCAAAAGGAUAAAGUGUUGAGCGAUAAGGAAAGGAUUGCCAGUGAAUUGAAAAAACUUAAAGAAAUUAACAAUCAUUUGAAUAGAGAUAAAGAUAAACAUAAGACAGAUAUCGAGCAAUUGAAUCAAACGGUGGCGAAGAAUAAACAAUCCUAUGAUUUAGUGAAUAAUGAAUUGAAUGCUUUGAUGGCAGCGAUGGGAGACAAAGACAGUGAAAUACAAUCAGUGAGACAACAGUUAAGUGAAUUAGCGCUCAAAUCAAAGAGUAUUAUCUCAGAAAAAGACAGUUUUAUAAGUGAUUUAAGGGAACAAUUGGACCAAAACUCUAAUAACACUGUAAUCUCGGAUAAAGAAGAAGAAAUCCAAGCGUUAAAUAAUAAGUUACAAGAAUUGACAAAUGAAAAGACCAAACAAAUGGACGAUUUGACCGCAAAUCUAAAUGAAUUACAGAAUGAAAACUGGAAUUUAGUGAAUAUGAAUGAAGAGAUGAAAUCACAAAACAAUGAAUUUGAGCAAAGAUUGCGAACCAUUCAAUCGGAAUACGAAACACAAAAAGAGAAUUUACAACAAAUAUAUGCCGACAAAGAAGGCGUUGAAACCGAAAAGAAUAGACUCGUCGAGCAAUUCAAUAACGGCUUACAAGUGCUUCAAAACGAGAACUUAGAUUUGAAAUCACAGUUAGAAACCAAUACUACGGAAGUGUUGAGAUUAGAGGAGAAAAUAUCUCAACUAUUGAAUACAAAUGAUAACCAGAACUCGGAGUUGUGUCGUGAGAUCGAGACACUCAAGUCGUCGAAUGCAGAUCUAGAGAGUAAUCAUAAUAUAAAAGUAUCGCAAUUAGAAGAACGGAUCCAAAACACUACCGCCGAAGUGUCGGCUCUCGACCACCAGAAGAAUGCUUUAUUGGAAGAAUUGGAGACAAUUAAAUCAGAUUUGGAGAAAGAAGUCCAACAAAAACUAGAGGCCAUGAAAACAGCACAAGAUAUUGACCAACAAAGGAAUUCCGACUAUGAAUUGAUUACUCAAAAAGACAAUCACAUCCAGAGUUUGCGUCAAGAAUUGGAAACAAUUGGAAUGAAUUUGGAGAAAGAAAUUCAACAAAAAUUAGAGGCCAUUAAAGCUGUUGAAGACAUUCAACACGAAAAGUAUACUGAAAGUGAAAUAAUGGCAGAAAAAGACCAACAGAUCGAGAGUUUGAGGCAAGAAAUGGAGAAAUUGUCGACUCGUCUCAAUGAACAGAAGAAUGAAAUGAAUGCCUUAAAUAAAGAACAGGAAGAGUCGCAUGAAUUUGCUGUUAAAGAAUUAGAGACAGAUUUAGAGGAGAAGAUUAAAGCAUUUGACGAAUUGUUACGAAGUUAUAAAGAAAAUGAAAUUUUAUUAACAAAUAAAUUGGAAGUUAUUGACGAAAUGAAUGAACAAAAGCAAGAUUUGGAGAAUAAGUUCGAAGAGGCGAAAGUGAAGAACCAAACUCUGGCCAAUCAAAUGGAGAAUUUGAUUAAAAUGGUUGAGAUUGAGAGCCAAGAGAAAGAAAGACUACAACAAUCUGUUGAUAGUAUGCAAAGAGAAAACUUCGAUGAAAGCGAUUUAAUGCGAGACAAAGACGAGAGAAUCGAGAAUUUGCAGAAAGAGAUUCGAAAACAAGUGGAAGACAUGCAAGAGAUUGAAGAGCUGUUGACUGAGAAGCAGAACGAAAUCGACGGCUUGAAUAAAGAUCUCGUUUUGGUUCAAAAGGAAAAGAUUGAGUUCGAGAACCAAACGGAAGAUCUAACCAAACGAUUGCAAACCAUUGGCUCGAAAGCGAACGACGAGACCACAGAUCUGUUGCGACAAAUUGAAGACCUCAACGAAGAGAACGACUCGAUUAAGAAUGAAAUUAAAGGAUUAAAUGACAAACUGAGCGCUGAGUUGAGUGCAGCGACACAAAGGUCUGACUCACGAGAAGCGGACAACUUGUCGACUAUUGAGGAAUUGCGGAAACAGUUGGAAAAUAAAGAAUCGAAACUUACGGAAGCGAUGACCGAAUUGAUGGGCAAAAGUAGUGACAAUACGGACACGAAUUUGUUGCGCAACGAAAUACAAGUGUUGAAAGAAACUCUGGAUUCUCAGGAACAGCAAAACCAAGUGAUGAACAGUGAAUUGCAGUCAAACAUAUCUCAGUUAAAUUCAUCGGUUCUCGAAUAUAAAGCGCUUUUGGAUACGGCUCGCAAUCAGAUACAGAGGUUAGAGACCGAAAAGUUAAGUGCCAUUCAAGAGACAAAUCUAGUGAAUCAAGUGUUAGAGAAUGAAAGAGACAAUCAAUCGAUUGUAAAUACAGAGAAUCAACAAUUAAGACAACAAAUAAGUCACUUGGAGUCUGAACUGCAAGCCAUCCGUUCGCAGAGCGAAUCCGUCCAAAGUUUUCAAAUUAUUGAAUUGAAUCAAACUAUCGAUGGCUUACAGAAACACAAUUCACAAUUGAGUGCAAGUUUGGAGCAAAUGAAGGCCUUCUCUACUGAUAGUCAAACCUCGAGUUUAAAACAAUUUGAGUCUUUUCAGAGGGAUUCAGAGAACCAACGCUUGGAAUUAAAUCAACGAAUCAUUGAAUUGCAAAACACUAUCGAAACGAUAAAUGUUGAGAAACAGCGCUUUGAAUACGGCUUUUAUGACUUACAGAAUAGAUAUCAGGAAUUCGAUCGCUUAUUGCAGAAUAAGAACAUUGAAAUGGAGAAUUUCAAACAAAUAGAGGAUUUAUACCAAAAACUCUUGAAGUCGUCGAAUAGUCUAAAGGAAGAGAAAGAGCAUCUCUUAAGUGUGUUAUCAGAAAAGGAGAGUAUAAUUGAAGCCAAGGAUAAAGAGAAACAGCAAUUGAUUGAAGAGAAGCAACUCAUCGAACAGAGCUAUAAGGAUAAGGAUUAUAACGUUUCUGAUCUCAAUUCGCAAAUCCAUGCCAUGAAUCAAUUGAAUGAAAACAAUCAGAUGAAUAGCGAACAGUUUGUAGUCAGAGAACAGGAAUUAAUGGCCAAAAUGGGAGAACUCGAACAACAAGUGGAGGAAUGCAAACGAGUUAAUGAGGAAACUGAGGCUAAAUCAUCGGAAACUGAAUAUGAAUUGGAUAUUUUGAAGCGAAAUUAUGGCAUAGAAAUGGACAGUUUCGGCGCUCAGGUCACUGAACGCGAGACUCUUAUUGAGAAACUUCAGGACAGAAAUGAGAAACUGAAGCGAAAGUUAAACAAAACAGAGCAUACAGUGAAAGAGUUCACUGAAAAAGAGGCUUAUUUUAAGUCAAAGUUGGAUGAAUCGGAAGGACUGGUGAAAUACGAGCAAAUGCAGAGACAGACGGCUACCGACUCUCGUAUAUUUGAAUUACAACAACAACUCGAAGAGAAGGAGAGCUCUCAUCAAAAUGAAUUAUUAACAGUCAGAACAGAAAACAAUAAUUUAUUGACUUUAGAGCGAGAGUUGAGGCAAAAGAACGAAGAAUUGUCGCAAAGAAUCAAUAAUGGAAGAGAUGUGGAGACGGAAAUCAAUAACUAUCGCUCCCAUAUCGAGACACUCGUCAAUCAAUUGGAGUCCGAGCGCAUUGAGAAGCGACACAUUCAGGACUUAUACCAAUCCAUUGCAAAUAGUGGUCAAAACUCGGAUCAAGUGAAUCAACUGUUGACACAAAUGGAGACCGAAAAGCAAAUACAAUUGGUCCAAAGGCAAGAAUUGGAGCUGAAAUGCAAGAAAUUUGCCGCAAAAUUCAAAGUGAAAGAUAGAGAAGUGAAUGCAUUGGAAGAGAAGCUGCGAAUCGCUAAAGAGAACGCAUCGAAGAAUGUGAACGAAGAGGAACUCAUAGACAGUACGAAACGUGUGGAAGAGUUGACCAAAAAAGUGGACGAUUUACAGUUCACGGCAUCCAAUUUGGACGCAGCCCUACAGACAGAGCGCCAACGAAGACGCGAAUUGGAGAACGAGAAGAACACAUUCUGGGGUCAGGCGUCCCAAAAAUCGGGUGACUUGAGCGCAGUCGAGUCGGACGGACACUCGACAGCGUCGACCAGUUUCUCGCUCCUCAUCGACGAAGGUAUGGGCGAUAAGAGUGGCUUCACUUCUGCCAAACGAUUCAUAACCAAACAGAGACACUAUCUGUUGAGAGGGCCCGCGAACGCCAAAUAUAAACGUAUAGCUAUUGUUAUAUAUUUGGUUGUAUUUCACGUACUGUUACUCAAAAUGUGCCUUUUUUAACACCUAUUUAUCACUCAAUACAAUAGUUAUUUAGAUUUGAUUUUUUAAAGGUAUAUAUUUUUCAUUUUUUAUAACUUAUUUUUUGUUAAUUUUGAGGCAAUUUCUGAAAUUUUAUUUAUAAUUUAUGUGUAAUAUCCUUUAAGUGACGGGCCAUUAAAUGUAUUUCA